CCCCAUUUUUCUGCUGGCUGGACAAUCAAAUAAACAUUUUUUAUUGACACCAGCAAAUAGGCCAUCGCUGGAAUUAUAGAUAAGCCUUUAAAUGUUGAGGAUCGACACAUGUCCGCACUGUCAGGUAACUAUUCGUUCGCGAGCAGUCGGCGAUGAUCCAAAAAUAGCCCCCCCAACCCCUCCUCACCCACUUGAAGGAGAGUUCAUACUCAAGUGGCGCAUCAAAGCUUUAAAUCGUCAAUCACGUCUAUGGAAGAGGUACGUACUUUGCGGCCUAUUCAUUUUUAUUAGCCUUGAAUCCGUUCCACACGCUCACUGGCUAUAUUAGCGAGCAGAUGAUUUAACUUGCCGAACAAGCUUUUCCAUUUGAUUGAUGGCCCUCCGAUCAGGUGACGCGCGCUGCUAAAUAAACUUUGUAUAACAGUAAAAAAAAAAAAAAAAUCCGCCUGACAAAAUCUUUUUUCAUAAAUGGCUAAAAACAAUCUAAAUAAAAUGCCUCUAUUCAUCAUCUGCAUCUUAAAAAAAAAUAAAGCUGUGGAAAAAAUUGCCAAAAUGUUUAAAUGUAUUACUUUAGAAAGUGAAAUGGCAGCAGUGCAUAAAGGAGAGGAACCGACACUAAAGUUGCUUUAUCAAUAACAAAACUGCUAUCAAAGUUAUCAAUAUUUGGAUUGAAUCAUUUGUAAAUUGUGUUUGAGGUGAGGGGUAAAGGACACUUUCUCAGGCACAUGCACACAAGAUUGCUUGGUUUCGUUUUUAGUCCUGUAUAUAGACGCAAAAGCUUCUAUACGGCCCGGUACUAAAGAGUGUACAUUGUGAGGAGGUGUGUGACUAAACAUAACGAGUCCCUUUUUCUAGGUCAUUGCAUGCAUGUGUGUUUUUGUUUUCAUGUGUCGCAGGCGAGGUGCCCUUCACGGCGUAUGUGACAAAUACAGGCCAUGGGUGAAGAUGUCCUGGUAUUUUUUCCAGGCUCUUUGCCACUAGCAAGUCCUUUGAGCACUCGUGUAAAUCUGCAGAGCCGAAUUCAACACCUCAUAUCCCCGCCGACGGCUACAGAACACUCGCAUGUAGGCUAGCAGGGCAGAACCGCAGCACAAUUUCCAAUUCAUCAUUUGGUCAGCGUGUUAUUUUUCUCAUUUCUGCGCAGAAACUGGAGGAGGCUGCAGUUGACGGCAACGCAGCAGGUGUAAAAGCGAGAUGCAUCGAUGGACCCGACGCUGAUCACCACAGACGAACAAAGACAGUCACCGUCUGUUCUCCCCGAGACUCAAAUCGCUCAGGGUUCCGGCUAUUUUUCUGUUUUGUGGGGCUUCUUGGACCAGUCGCAACCACUGCUACCUCCGCAACCCCAUCUGUCUGGGGGGCCUUACCUCACAUCUGUCCGAGAUUUAUACUGAACCUGUCCGAAUACCAGACACAAGAAAGCCGCUCAGGGUCGAGUCGCCCACUCUGGAGAGUUCCAAGGUCUCCGACCUCAGCUCCGAGCACCGUCAAACCGCCUAUUUGAUGUCAUUGCCAGAAAGCUCAGAGAGUGACUCAGCCACGGGCCUGACGUCAGAUUUGUACAUCUUUGAAAAUGAGACUCAGGACUUCAUCCUGAGUUCAACUGCCUCGCAGAAUAACCAUGAUGCCUCCCCUCUUGCGUGUUGUCAUUCAGCCAAGAGAGUGACACAUAGUACUGGCAUGACGAUGGACUGGGCGAUGUUGGAGUCUGAGUCAGGGCUCACGCCACCUGCCGAGGUCACCCGAGUCAAGCCGCGAGGACCGAGGAGCCUCAGUCCCGCUGAACCGUGGGCGGAUGCCUGCCAGUAUCUGGAUAGGACGGAUGUUUUGCCUACUUCCACUUCCAGCGUCUUCCCUUUGGAAGAGAUUUGGGUGUCGGGUUACGCCAGCGACGGGAUUGGCUGGGACACAGAUGACACCAGAGGUUGGGGUCCGCCAGUGGAGAGGUGGUCCUCGGUGGAGAGCUGGGCCAGCGCACUCUCAGACUGGAAUGUCAUCGGGACACCGAGGCAGGAGCUCACAACCGCUUUCUCAGAGAUAGGAGCUGAGGUCGAUGCCCUAACCGAAGCGCUAGUGGACAUUAAGCCCUACAGCGAGACGGAAAAGGGGAUGGGGGUUCACGAUCAGCUAGUGGGACAAACCAUCCAAGAGGAAUCCGUCCAUUGUGGACAGGAAUGCUUCUCUUUCCUACCACAGGUUGGAGACAACGGCCAAUCUUUUGGCAAUUCAACACCCAACACCCAAAGUGAACCGGAGGAAAUCGCUGUCAUGAACUUUGUACAUGAGAACCAAUCUUUGGUUCCAUCUGCCUGUGACUUGGACAGUCUCAUCCCUGUAUGGACUCCCAUUGAGGAUGUGGACAUUCCUCAAUGUGUCCGGCGUUCAGAGAGAGAAGACUUGAAAGAAGAGAAAAACGCAUUGAACAUAGUGGAGGACGCAGAUGUGACAGGACAACCUUCUGAGUGGACAAAUGAGCAGCUGUCGGGCGAUGGGUUGUUUAAGGUGAUAGAAGAUCACAGAGCCUCCCAGCCCGAAAUUUCAUCCAAUCAGAGUGCAGAUGCGAGCGCAGGUCCAAACAUCAUUGACUGUAACGGACGUGAAACCUCCGAAGAAGAUACGAUGAACCCCCGUGUACCGGUCUUUAAUAACAGCGGACACACAGCACCUGACAUUCUGACGGACACCGGGGGAGCAACCCAGGUCUGCCCUGGAGUAUCGUCGGAGCAGCUUGGAUGGAGAUCCCACGAGGACUUUCAAUGA